AUGGAUAGCAGCAAUUUCGAUCCUCCUGCCGCCUCACAUCUACCUUCCCCCAUGCGCGACUACGGCUACGACGUCUCCGACUACCGCGCCGUGGACCCCAUCUUCGGUACCCUCGAGGACUUCGACGCCGUCAUCGCCGAAGCCCACCGCCUACACCUCAAAAUCAUCGUCGACCUCGUCAUCUCCCACACCUCCGAGGAGCACGCCUGGUUCCGGGAAAGCCGGUCCUCGCGCGACAACCCCCGCGCCGACUGGUACUGGGACGCCCGCCGCGAGCAGUACUACCUGCACAAUUUCUUGGCCGAGCAGCCCGACCUCAACUUCCACUGCGGCCCCGUCCAGGACGUCCUGCUCGACACCACCCGCUUCUGGCUGGAGCGCGGCGUCGACGGCUUCCGCCUCGACACCGUCAACCUCUACUUCCACAGCCCCGGCCUCGAGAACAACCCGGCCCUCGCCCCCGCGGACCGCGACUUCUCCGCCGCGCCCUCCGUCAACCCCUACAACUACCAAGACCACGUCUUCGACAAGAACCGGCCCGAGAACCUCGCCUUCCUCCGCCGUUUCCGGAGCCUGCUCGACGAGGUCGGCGCCGCGCGCGUCCGCGAAAUCGUCGAGCGGUUCGAGGGCGCCGUCCCGGAUGGCUGGUGCUGCUGGGCGCUCUCCAACCACGACACCACGCGCGCGGCCUCGCGGUGGGCGGCGCUCGCGGAGGCGGACCCCGUCGCGCACCUCAAGGUCGUCGCCGCGCUGCUCAUGUCGGUGCGGGGCUCUUUGUGCAUUUACCAGGGCGAGGAACUGGGCUUGACCGAGGCGGACCUCGCGUUCGAGGACCUCCGGGACCCGUACGGCAUCCGAUUCUGGCCCGAGUUCAAGGGCCGAGACGGCUGUCGCACGCCCAUGGUGUGGGAAGCCGAGGCACCUCACGGCGGAUUCUCCGAUGCGAACCCCUGGUUGCCCGUGCCGGUAGAGCACCGCAAGCUUGCCGUCGACGUUCAGCAAGGGCACGCUGGAUCCAUGCUGGAGCACUAUCGCCGGAUGCUCCGUUUUAGGGCCUCGCAGCAAGCGCUCCGCGAGGACGAUUCGCUUUUAGAGGCGGGGAGACGUGGUACUCUUCGUCAGGAGCCACGCCGGCGAGUCUAUCAUGUGCGCGUUUAA